AUGAGUCCUUUAAAGGUUUACGGCGGGGUCGGAGGCCCGGGGCUUUGCCCUCCGAGAGCCCCUGACCUCCCGCCUCUCGAACUCGGCUUUCGCGGUAGCUGGCGGGAAGACGAGCUCCUACCGUCUACGCCCGCGAGUCAGGCCGCGUCGACGCAAAGCGGCUCCUCCGCGACGGAUAAGGGCCAGAAUGUGGAGUGCGUGGUCUGCGGAGACAAGUCCUCGGGGAAGCACUACGGCCAGUUCACUUGUGAGGGUUGCAAAUCCUUUUUCAAGAGGUCCGUGAGAAGGAACCUGACCUACUCCUGCCGAGGAAAUAGAAACUGUCCAAUCGACCAACAUCAUAGAAACCAAUGCCAGUACUGCAGACUAAGAAAAUGUCUCAAAAUGGGCAUGAGGAGAGAAGCUGUGCAGCGAGGGCGAGUGCCCCCGACGCAACCCGCGGGGCUCGCGCUGCCCGGCCAGUACGCGCUGGCCAACGGCGAUCCCUCAGCUGGACUCAACAGCCACCCUUACCUCUCCUCCUACAUCUCCCUGCUCCUCCGAGCAGAGCCUUACCCCACCUCCCGGUACGGGCAGUGCGUCCAGCCAGCCAACGUGAUGGGAAUAGACAAUAUCUGCGAAUUAGCUGCCAGACUACUCUUCUCCGCCGUAGAAUGGGCGCGGAACAUCCCCUUUUUCCCCGAACUCCAAGUGACCGACCAGGUCGCGUUGUUAAGACUCGUCUGGUCAGAACUGUUCGUCCUCAACGCAUCUCAGUGCUCCAUGCCCCUCCACGUGGCGCCGUUACUGGCGGCCGCGGGACUCCACGCGUCGCCGAUGGCGGCCGACCGAGUCGUCGCCUUCAUGGACCACAUCAGGAUCUUCCAGGAGCAAGUGGAGAAGCUGAAAGCGCUCCACGUCGACUCGGCGGAGUAUUCCUGUCUGAAGGCCAUCGUCCUCUUCACGACAGGUAAAAUUUUAGACAGUCUUUUUGGGGAAGCGCGGUUGUUGCUUUACAGAGUGGCGGGAGCUGGCGGCUCUGUCACCAACUACGGAGAGUUGCUCGUGCUGGUCAGGACACACUUGGACGCGUACGCCGAGGCGGCUCGCGUACAGAUACAGCAGCCGCCAGCUCCAGCGCCAUCUGCUGCUUCAUCCGGGUACUAUUCCACUUUGGACACGUCUCUCGGUGUCAACUCCUCGUUGUCGUAUGGUAGUUUCCUAUCAACUCCCUCUAGAUUACCAACUAAUUACACUAGUAGUCCUAGAAUGCCUGAGGCUAGUACAUCAUCACCUUUCAAGUUAUGGGAAGGGAGUGGGAAGCUUCCAAGGACUGAUCAAGGAGGUUGA